CUCCUUCUCCUUCUCCUCCCCCUCCUCCCCCCAUCCCCUUUUCCACGUUGGACUUGGGGUGGAUAUCUGGCUGGCCUUGCAAGAGACCUCAUGUCUGCUGCAUGUUCAGUUUGUACACAGCCACAAGGAACGAGGGAUGGCAAAGUCUCUGGACAAAUGCUCUACACACCUGUCUAUUCUUGUUUUCUGUACAGGAUGAAGGUCCACCACGUUGUCCUGCUCGCUCUCUGCCUCCACGCGCCUGACCUGCUCGUCAGCACCUCUGAGCGCUGUGAUGACUGGGGGGUCGACACCAUGAAGCACAGGCCGGUGUACAGUGGCGAGCCAGCCAAGAUCAAGUGCCCCCUCUUUGAGGCUUUCUUGAAGGACAACUACAGCACUGCCCACUCGGCCGGCUUGACCCUCAUCUGGUACUGGAUCGGCCGUGGCCAAGAUCUGGAGGAGCCCAUCAACUUCCGCCACCCCGACAACCACAUCAGCAAAGAGAGGGACGUGCUCUGGUUCCGGCCCGCGCUACUCAACGACACGGGGAACUACACCUGCAUGCUCAGAAAUACCACCUACUGUAGCAAGGUUGCCGUCCCCUUGGAGGUUGUCAACAAAGACCCCGGCUCCUGCGUCAGCCAAGCGGUCAAGCCGGAUGACGUGCUCAUGUAUUCAAACGCGGUCAAGCAGAACCUCUCCUGCCCAGAUGUGGAAAGCUUUUACCCCCCUGGCCUUAAACCAAAGGUCCGCUGGUACAUGAACUGCGACCUCAUAACAAAUCGGUAUUUUGAGCGAAUCCCCAACGGCCUCAACCUCACUUUCACCAUUGUCAGCGAGGUAUACAACGGCGAGUACACGUGUGUGGCAAGUUUCCACGAGAAUGGCCGGGAGUUUGCUCUGACCCGGACUUUGAGAGUCAAGGUGGUAGGAUCGCCAGAAAAAUCAAAGCCCCCAUUGAUCAUCUCCCCAACUGAGCAGAUCUUCUAUGAACUCAAACCAGGUAAUGAUCCAGCCAUGGCCACCUGUUCUUCACAUUCAAAGUCCCAGCUGUCAAAGUCUGCCUCCACCACAUAAAGCUGGAUUGCGGAGAUCGGGAGCAGGUCUUGGAAUGCCUAUACAAAGUUAGAGGUGGGUUCAGGCAGCUUCCUUCUCCCAGACAGCCUCUUCCUCCAUCCCUUUCCAGACUGCUGCCCUCCAGCAGUUCUUGCUUUUCACAGCCCGCACUGGAAUUGCUGGGGGACCAAACCCAGAAUCUACGGUGGCAAAAUGCAGGUCUCUAGCCCAUCUCCUCAUGUUAGCAUUGUCCUUCGUUGACAUGAUGGACACCUUGACGUGGUGGCUGCCACUGUGGUUUAACUACUGUGAGUCUGGUGUCUCUGACUUAAGUAAUGCAGCCUCAAACCACCUUCUGUAGUUUG